AUGGAUCAGAAAGAACAUAAAUUGAAUGGGAAGGUGAUUGAUCCUAAAAGGGCCAAAGCCAUGAAAACAAAAGAACCUGUUAAAAUAUUUGUUGGUGGCCUUUCUCCAGAUACACCUGAAGAGAAAAUAAGGGAGUACUUUGGUGGUUUUGGUGAGGUGGAAUCCAUAGAGCUCCCAAUGGACAACAAGACCAACAAGAGGCGUGGGUUUUGCUUUAUAACCUUUAAGGAAGAGGAACCCGUGAAGAAGAUAAUGGAAAAGAAAUACCACAAUGUUGGUCUUAGUAAAUGUGAAAUAAAAGUAGCCAUGUCCAAGGAACAGUAUCAGCAGCAGCAACAGUGGGGAUCUCCAGGAGGGUUUGCAGGAAGAGCUCGUGGAAGAGGUGGUGGCCCCAGUCAAAACUGGAACCAGGGAUAUAGUAACUAUUGGAAUCAAGGCUAUGGCAACUAUGGAUAUAACAGCCAAGGUUACGGUGGUUAUGGAGGAUAUGACUACACUGGUUACAACAACUACUAUGGAUAUGGUGAUUAUAGCAACCAGCAGAGUGGUUAUGGGAAAGUAUCCAGGCGAGGUGGUCAUCAAAAUAGCUACAAACCACUAAAUUAUUCCAUUUGCAACUUAUCCCCAACAGGUUGUGAAGCGGUAUUUUCCAAUUUGAAGAUUCAUUUGAUGGUGGCUCCUGCCACCUGCUAAUAGCAGUUCAAACUAAAUUUUUUGUAUCAAGUCCCCGAAUGGAAGUAUGACGUUGGGUCCCUCUGAAGUUUUAAUUCUGAGUUCUCAUUAAAAGAAAUUUGCUUUCUAAUUAAAAAAUAAAAAAAUAAA